AUGGGUUCAAUCGAUGUUAUCGAUCCUCUUUUCGAGCCUCUGCGCCUGGGCGCUCUGUCGUUGAGCCAUCGUAUUGUUCAGGCUCCCUGCACGCGCAUGCGCUCAAGCAAGGAGUCAGAUGGUGUUUUUGUUCCGAAUGCUCUCAAUGUUGAGUAUUAUUCACAGCGUGCAUCGGAGGGCGGGUUGUUGCUUACAGAGGCCACUCCUAUUAGCAGAUUGGCUGCUGGCUAUCCAGGAGUCCCGGGGAUCUUUACCCUCUCUCAAAUCGCCGGCUGGAAGAAGGUCACCGACGCAGUGUACGCGAAGGGUGGUUUCAUCCUCUGCCAGCUGUGGCACGUUGGUCGCGCUACUGUCCCCUCUUUCAUUGAGGGCAAACAGGCUGUUGGUGCUAGCAAUAUCCCUAUCAGUGGUAAUGCUCUGGAUGGUAGUGAGUAUGGGGCUUCGCCUCCUCGCGCGAUGACUGUGGAGGAGAUUCAGAAUGUCGUGGAGGAGUACGCGACUGCUUCAAAGCGGGCGAUCGAGGCAGGAUUUGAUGGUGUUGAAAUUCAUGGUGCCAACGGGUAUCUCCUCGACCAGUUCCUGCACGAUAACGUUAACAUCCGAACCGAUGAGUACGGUGGCUCGAUUGAGAAGCGCCCUCGCAUUAUACUUGAGGUCCUCAAAGCGUGUGCUGCCGCCAUCGGCGCUGACCGUGUGGGCAUUCGUCUCUCACCAUACAACUACUUCCAAGACACCCGCGAUUCCAGGCCCCACGCUAACUGGAAAUUGCUGUGCUCGAAGAUUGCCAACCUUGCUACCGAGUCACGCCCUGCCUACGUACACAUGUUUGAGCCUCGCUUCGACGAAGUCCUGGAUGAGAGCGCGAAGAUCGAUUCGCUCGCAGUGGAGAAGCCCUCUCUGGACGUGUUCCGAUCCACGUUAAAGAAGAGUGGCAUUUUGUUCCUAGCCGCGGGCAACUUCAACGCGAAGAAUGCCGGUCCCAAACUGAUUGGCGAUGGAGCGGAUGCAGUUGUUUUCGGACGUUACUUCAUCUCCAACCCGGAUCUGCCUUGGCGGUUGAGGGAGGGUUUCUUGUUGACUCCUUACGAUCGGACGACGUUUUAUGGGGCUGAUCCUCCGCAGAAGGGAUAUACAGACUACCCCAUCUAUGGAUAA